AUGUCGAGAUGCAGUAGCCGUUUACAAGCUAAGCAGCAGCAUGCCCAGCCCAGCCAGCCAGACAUCCCGCAAGUAGCCCAGAUAAUUCAGGCCAAAAAGAGGAAAACAGCACAGGAUGUCAAAAAAGGAAAAGAGGAGAUCAGCAAGAAGCAUCAGUACGAGAUUCGGAAUUGUUGGCCGCAUGUACUGUCUGGAGGAAUCAGUCCUUGCACUAUCAUUGAAACACCGCAUAAAGAAAUAGGAACAAGCGACUUCUCUAGAUUUACAAAUUACAGAUUUAAAAACCUUUUUAUUAAUCCUUCACCUCUGCCAGAUUUAAGCUGGGGAUGUUCACAGGAGGUUUGGCACAACAUGCUGCAGAAGGAGAGCAGAUACGUACAUGGCAAACAUUUUCAAGUUCUUCACUCUGACCUGGAACCACAGAUGAGGUCAAUACUUUUAGACUGGCUUUUAGAGGUAUGUGAAGUCUACACACUUCAUAGGGAGACAUUCUACCUUGCCCAAGACUUUUUUGACAGAUUUAUGUUGACACAAAAAGAUGUAAAUAAAAAUAUGCUUCAACUCAUUGGGAUUACCUCAUUGUUCAUCGCUUCUAAACUUGAGGAAAUCUACGCUCCUAAAUUCCAAGAGUUUGCUUAUGUCACUGAUGGUGCUUGCAGUGAAGUAGAUAUCUUAAAGAUGGAACUCAAUAUCUUAAAGGCUUUAAAAUGGGAACUUUGUCCUGUAACAGUCAUUUCCUGGUUGAAUCUUUUUCUCCAAGUUGAUGCUGUUACAGAUGUUCCUAAGGUUCUUCUACCUCAGUAUUCCCAGGAGACGUUCAUCCAGAUCGCUCAGCUUUUAGAUCUGUGUAUCCUCGCUAUUGAUUCAUUAGAAUUCCAGUACAGAAUUCUGGCAGCUGCAGCCUUAUGCCAUUUUACCUCCAUUGAAGUGGUUAAGAAAGCCUCAGGUUUGGAAUGGGAGGACAUUUCCGAGUGUGUAGACUGGAUGGUGCCUUUUGUCAGUGUAGUAAAAAGUGUAAGUCCAGUGAAGCUGAAGACCUUUAAGAAGAUAGCCAUGGAAGACAGGCACAAUAUCCAGACACAUACAAAUUAUUUGGCUUUACUGAGUGAAGUAAACUAUGUGGACACCUUCAGAAAAGGAGGGCAGUUGUCACCAGUGUGUAAUGGCGGCAUUAUGACACCUCCGAAGAGUACUGAAAAACUACCAAUAAAACCCUGA